UUAGGAUUUGAUCAAGAAUUGGAAACCACAAAUUCCCAAUUAGGAGAUUUCAAGAAGAAAAGAUAAGCUUCAAGAAAUAAAAGAAGAGGAACUUCUCUCUCGCAUUAGGCCAAAACCAAAAAGAGGAAAGAUGUUGGCUUCUAAUUUUGGCAAUGAUCUCAUCUUCAACAUCUUGGUGUGGAUCCCUGCGGUGAUAUUACACGGUCGCCUGCGUUGUGUGUGCAAACAAUGGCUUCAUAUGAUCAGAGACCCUGUCUUUGUUCAAGCUCACCUAGCCAAGGCCAAGUCCAAGCCAAGUCUGUACUGUGCAGCAAGAUACCAACCCCACAAUUUUCGCUACUUAGUCAUCGACGAAGAUCAAGAUGUGCCGCCGACCGUGCAGACACCGAUCAUGAUGCUCGCCUCGUGCGAUGGUCUGGUUCUUGUCGCAGAUUCUUGGCGUGCUCGUAGCCUUGCAGUCGUCAACCCAAUUACCAGGAAAUGCUUACAACUUCCGUACUUUUCCAAUGGAUACCCUUCUAAGACGAGAGGUGGCAUUGUCUUUGACUGUCAGAGGAAAGAAUACAAAGUUGUUGUGUUUUACAGUUUUUCCGUAUGCCAGCCUUUUCAAUGCAAGAUUUUGACUCCGAAGUCAGGUGAUCAGAUGGCUUGGAGAAGGGUAGAUUGUCCGUUCCAAAGAUUUGAAUGGUUUAAGCCACCUGUUGACGCAAACGGAGCGUUAUAUUGGUCGGAUUAUGAUCGUCGGCAUUUGAUUUCGAUGGAAGUUGUAUCAGAUAUCGCGGAGUUUCGCAGAAUAGAAAUGCCUACAGCAUAUGGGCCUCUUGGCCAUCCGCAGCUCAUCAAGAUGGGAGACAAGUUAUCGGUUUCGAUCACGGACGAAACCUCGUAUCAUACAUUGCUUCUUGAUGACGACAGGUCUCGUGAACAAAUACUGUGGUCAAGGAAGCAAACAUUUCCUUUGGAUUCGCGACACAAAGAUGCUGUUAUCAUAGGAAGCUUGAGGGAUGGAAACGUGAUAAUCCUCAAGUUCGGAGGAACGUGGGACUUCAUGGCGAUUGAUCAUGUGGGUAAUAAGGGGGAAAGAUGCUCGAUGAUGGAUGAUGAUCAAAGUAUCCUAUGUUCUACAGUUGUCCAUGUUAAUAGCUUAACUUCAUGGGGUGAUCUUGAUUGUGUGCCUUCCAAAGUUGGACGUCUCAAGGAAUCAUGGAUGGAUAACUGUUGGUCGAUCUUUGAUCAUUUAGCUUUCAGAGAACGUACGCUCAAAGAGGAGAAGGCUCCAAGAGAAUGUUAAACAUAUAACUCAGCUCGAUCAUAGCUGAAAACAUCGUGAGGGGAAACCUGUAAUUUGUACAAGCUCCUCAUCUUAUUUGAAGUUUGACCCAAUGUUGUAA